CUUUUAUUUUAUUUUUUUAGCUUUUCUCUUUCUGUGUGUUUUCAUUAAAAAGAAAAUUAAAGAAGACAAGGAAGAACUUAUUUUAUUCUUAUUAAAAACCCCCUCCCUCUUUUUUUCCCUAUCAUAAAGAUUAUGAACAUAAAUGAACAAAGCGAGCAGAAAGAAGACCUCCACCAUCCACCAUCAGAAACACUCUCAUCCCAAAUGAAUAUUGGCAGUGAACUGACAGCUAUUCUCUCUUCGACCUUUCAAUAUGUUGGCAUGGAGUUUAUCGAUAUGCUUUUAAAGGAAAUUACAAUACAAACAAAGGUACACUCGACCCUUUUGUUGCAGUUAUUAUCUCUCGAAGAAUAUAGAGAAUUAUGCAGCAUAUACAAAUCAGACGAGCAGAAGAAACUGAAUAUUAUCUCAUGCUCACAAAGUUCUUCCAGCUCUCCUGAAAUUAGAUACCCUUCUUGCGGUAACAGCGACAAUACCUCGUCUCCUCAACAUCCAACUUCCUCUGUUGCCAUGGAUUCAACACCCGAUCAACUCCAAGAUCAAUUUUUAUUGAUCAGGUCUUGCUUUUCAAAUCAAGCGAGCAUGAAAUCCAGCUUGACAAACACAAUUAUUCCUCUGUUGUACCUAAACUCAGCUUCGCCUUAUAUCAAAACACUAUUGAAUGACCAUGUAAUUUCCCUCUUGAACCAACAUACAGACACUGAACAGCAAGAAGUCGAAAGAGGUAUUUACCCUUCUUAUCAGCAUUUUGUUGGGUUAAAGCUUGAUUCAAAUCGAGAUAAAAACGAUACUAUCAAAGGCAUCUUGUGUGUUACAGAUAGUGUUGUGAUUGAAUCUUCGAGAAUGAACACAAUCACAACGAUACUGAAUUUUAUGCAGACAAGGUGUAUCAAUGAGCUAAGCCAAUUGAGAAAGCAAGAACAGUUGAUUAGUGCUAGAGAUUUGGCUCUUCUCGAUGCUGAAAAUAAGCUCAAGUUCUUGGCUGAUAUGAGCCAUGAAAUCAGAACACCUAUGAAUGCUGUCAUUGCACUUACGGAUCUUUUAUUACAAGAACGAUCUACUUUAAAUAUUGAACAAAUUGAACACUUGGAAGUGAUUCAAACCAGUGGUAGCCAUUUGCUAACAAUCAUCAACGAUAUCCUCGACAUUUCAAAAUUAAAUCAUGAUCCUAAAUUUAAACUUGAAAGCAGACGAUUUAGCUUGAGAAAAUGCUUAAAAGAUACCUUGAAUAUGGCUAGACAUCAAGCAUCCAUGAGUCAGCAAAACAAAGUAGUUUAUGUACUUGAAUGUCCUCCGGAUAAAGACGAUAAUGUACCCCUUCCUCAACUUAUAUCUCAAUUGGAAAACAGUGGUGUCUUGUUGAGACCUCUGCUUCACAAGAAGGGUAAAACUGUCCUGCCUGUGAUUUGGAAAAUUGACCCCGAUGUACCUGACCAUCUUUUUGGGGAUACCAUGCGUUUGACACAAAUUAUGCUUAACCUGUGCUCAAAUGCAGUCAAGUUUACAAAACAAGGUGGUAUUCACAUCCGUAUCAAACGCUCAACACCAACUCCUUUACGCACACCUUCUGCUAGACUAUCAGAUAAGCGCAUGACGUUCAAAGAACGCUAUGAUGCAAAAAUUGAGACUAUUUGGAACCAAGCAAUGCAAGACAAAAGAGACCGUAGUAAUAGCUAUAAUCCUUUACCAAGUACAGAAGAAGAGGUGAUGCCGAAUGAUUAUUUUGGAGAAAAGUCAAUAUUGGAAAUCUCUGUUACAGACACAGGCAUUGGCAUUCCUGCAGAUCGUUUACCAAAACUAUUCAAGUCUUUCUCUCAAAUAGAUAUCUCUACAGCAAGAAGAUAUGGUGGCACAGGUCUAGGCCUUGCCAUUUCAAGCACACUCGUCAAUCGAAUGGGUGGUUGUGUCUGGGUUGAAUCAGAAGAAGGUGUGGGUUCAAGAUUUGCUUUGACUUUACCCAUGACAGUAGCUCCUCGGGGUAGGAAUCAUAGCAGUGAUAGUACACCACUUGGGUUUGCUGGAUCACCUUCUUCUCCUGGCUCUACUGUUUCUGACAGUAGUAGCAGUGUUCAUUCAGCUUUGGGAAAUGCUACUUCCAAUUCUGGAGGUACUAAUGACAUCAUAUCACCCUUAUCAUCUGCUUAUUUUACCUUCUCUACACCCACAAUUACAAGUGCAGGUAGUACAGCGAGUGGUAGUGGCUCAGGCUACUUUCCUGUUACAACGGCUCAACUUGCUUCACAACAACAACAACAACAACAACAGCACCAACAACGUCCUUUACUCUCUCGAUCUACACAACAACAAUACUUUGCUACUGAACCAUUCAAUCAACAACGUUCAGAACCCAUCUCAAUUCCUCAAAUCAUUGAAAACAGUACAAAUGAACAAUCAUUUUCACCUAUGGCUGAAGAUGGACAUCCUCUUAAUCCCAAUGUGAACAUGACAACUAAUUCAGGCAUGGAGUCUGAUACUUCUAAACGAAUCAAUGUCUCUGGAGGCAGUAAUGUUGCUAGUAAUAGUGGUGGGAAUAAUGCCAGAAAGAGUUAUAAUGACUUGUUAUCACCAGCUACUCGGAACAAUCGUGUGUCUAUAUCCAAGCAGCAUUAUCACAACAGAAAGCCCCAAACAAAAGAAGAAAACCUUGCUAAAGCACAUCCUUUACGUAUCUUGCUUGCAGAGGAUAAUAUUUUGAAUCAAAAGAUUGCUAUUAGUAUCUUGAAACGACUAGGCUAUAUUGAUGUGGCUAUUGCUAACAAUGGAAGCGAAGUAUUGACUCUCAUGAAAUCCUCUGUCUUUGAUGUUAUAUUUAUGGACUUGUAUAUGCCAGAAAUGGAUGGUCUUGAAGUGACUCGAGAAAUCAUUAAAGAAAGAACUCGACAAAAGCAAUUAGUCAACCAAACGACCGAAAACACAACGCCAUCUUCCUCAUCAGACUCUGAAAGCUUGUUGAAUAGCAUAGACGUUUAUAUCAUUGCAUUGACAGCAUCAGCAUCCCGUGAAGAUCGACAAAUUUGCAUUGAUGCAGGCAUGAAUGACUUUAUCAGUAAACCCUUUACCAUGACAGAAAUGAAAUCAGCACUCAAAACGUGUGCCAACAAAAGAAAGAAACGAAGAAAAUUGACCCAGAAGCAAAUGGAUAUUGAAGAUGAUACGCCAGCUACUUCUUCUAUUAUUGAGGAUAUUGAUGGACCGGCUAUUACUUCAGACAUAGCUCAUCACUCUACAGAUGAUCCCAUGAUGGAUGUUCAGACAGCAACAACACAUACACUAUAAGUCUCUAUUUUUUAUUUUUUUUAUUUUUUAUUUUUUUUGCAUACCCAAUCCUCACUUUUUAUUUAUAUGUACAUUCAUAUCUCUUUGUGUAUAUGCAUUAUCGUUUGUAUCAUCUUUCAUUUGUUUUGUUGGUUUGUCUGAUUGGCCUAUUUUUUUGUUCUUUUUUUGUUCUCUUUACCUUAAUAAUAUUCCCCCUUGUGUAAGACAGGAGAUCUUAUUGUUCCUCUCUUUUUUUUUUUGACAGUAUGAACAUUGGCGGCAAUUAAAAAUGUAAAGAAAAUAGUCAAGUAUUAUUCUCCUUCUUUUCCCUUU